AACAGGUUCUGUUUCCAGCCUCACUUUUCAAUCUGAAGUUGGUUUUAAGCUCUUGCCACCAUGCCUGCUGAUUACAAUGGGACUUGGGAAAUGGAAUCCAAUGAGAACUUUGAAGGCUACAUGGUUGCAUUAGACAUUGAUUUUGCAACUCGUAAGAUUGCAAAACACUUGAAACAAACAAAGGAGAUUAUUCAAGAUGGAGACAAUUUUAAAACAAAAACACUCAGUACUUUGAGAAACUAUGAUCUGGACUACACUGUGGGAGUGGAGUUUGAAGAACAUACCAAAGGACUCGAUAACCGGGUGGUUAAGACACUAGUGACCUGGGAUGGUGACAAACUGGUAUGUGUUCAGAAAGGUGAAAAGAAAAAUCGUGGCUGGAAGCACUGGAUUGAAGGAGACCAACUGCAUCUGGAACUGACGUGUGAAGACCAGGUGUGCCAUCAGAUAUUUAAGAAGAAAAAGUAACCGGAAAACCACUUAAGCCUUCCUCACACUGUUAUGCUGAUACGUUUUAUCUAAAAAAAAA